UUUGAUCUUGAUGUAUAUAAAUAGUAUAUCUGCUUAACAAGAUCCCUCUCGUCUUAGCUUCAACAGCGCCAACAACACUGUACAACAUUCUUGAACAAAGAAAAUGAUCUACCCUUCAAACAUCAACCCUAAUUUCAAAGAUUUCGGUGAAACUUUCAAAUUCGAUGAUUAUGAUGAUGACGCUUUUCAGAUGAUCAUGGAAGGAAUCAGCCUCGGGGAUCACUCGCCCACUUUGAGUUGGACUUCAUCAGAGAAACUACUGGCUACAGAAGUCACAAGCCCGCUUCAAUCAAGCCUAGCUACCUCACCUAUUAGCCUUGAAAUAUCAGAGGACAAAGAUGAGAGCAAGAAGAGGAAAAGACGCAAAGAUGAUCAGGUUAUUCACGUGUUUAAAACGAAAUCAAUUAAAGAAAUUGCUUUAGAUGACGGAUACAAAUGGAGGAAAUACGGCAAGAAACCAAUAAGGGGUAAUCCAUUUCCGAGGCAUUAUCAUAAGUGUUCGAACCCCAAUUGCAUCGUGAAGAAGAAGAUCGAGAGAGAUACGAGCAAUCCGGAAUAUGUAUUGACAACCUAUGAAGGAAGACAUAACCACCCAAGCCCUUCUGUGGUUUAUUGCGAUUCAGACGACUUUGAUCUUACCUUUCACAACACUUUGUCUUUCCAGACACAUACUAUUAGUUAUUCACAUUCAGCUCCAUGACCGCACUUACAAGUUUGUGAGUGUAGAUGUGUAUAUAGUAUAUAUCAUCAUCGUAAUCACGCAUCACAUGUAUCCGCAUAUGCAUUGUUGUAUCGGUUUUUAAUGUACUUAAUUGGGGUGGUGUGAUGGAAAUCAUUUUGUAUGCGAGGUUAAUAGGUUAUGAUAGUAGUUUUUGUAUAUAUUUAACUAAUUUGUACA